AUGUUAAAAAAGCAGUCUCGGGAGUGGAUUGUCGACACAAUAUGGGGUAAAGUUGCAAUGGUGUCAUGGGGGGACCCUCGAAACCCGCCAGUGUUGAUGCUGCAUGGAUACUUGGACACAGCGGCUACCUUCAUACCAUUGCUUGAGCAUCUACCAGACUUAUAUUACUAUGUCGGCUUUGACAAUCCAGGUCACGGCAAAUCCGAUCCCUAUCCGAUUGGGCCUAUGGUCACCCAGGUCACCCUCAUCGAAGUGAUUCAUAGAGUUGUCACACACAUGGGCUGGGACAAGUUUAUGGUGCUGGGGCAUUCUAUGGCUUUCAUAAACGCAAUAUUCUACCACAACGUGUAUCCGGGGAAGAUCACUAGUAUGGUGAACAUAGAUGCCUUACCGGCUAUCUCUAAUUAUUACGCUAUUCAGGACGAACCUCAUUUUUGGUAUUACUACUUCUACGAGUCGUGCUACGAUGAGUAUACAAAGAACUUCGAGGACUCCCCACUUUACACACGCGAGCAAGCAUUGAAGCUGUUGAUGAACAGCCGUGAUAUAUCAAGGGAACAGGCCGAGGUGAUAUCUGUGAGAGGACUGGAACAUAUCAAAGAAGAUUUAUAUAGAUUCACCCGCCAAUUAAUGAUGCGGAAACUUGGACAAUUCCCAGUAUUACAAGAUAUGCUCAAGUCUGUCAUUACCAAAAACCCGCCACGUAUGCUGCACUUGAUUGCUUUUCGUCGAUCAGAUAGAAUAGGACGAGCACAUUCGGCUGACAUAAUGGAGGAAUUGGCAAAAGACAGCCGACAUUCCAUAGUGAUUGUGGACGGAGCCCAUGAUGUACACAUCACUAAUCCUGAAGCACUAGCACCAUAUAUUGUUGAAUUUCUCAGCGAUGACGAACUAAAUAAAUAUAAAUCUAAAUUAUGA